CUUCUGUCAAUCCUGGUCGGUGACCUUAAUUCCCAGCGCUUACUGCAAUCAUACCAGCGUCUAUACCGUGCCGAACGGCAAACAGCCUUCCACAACAUGGAAAUACACGUGUAGCAUGACCUGAGCGCUUGAGCCCUUAACCGCACUCGCAAACGAACUCUCUUAGUCUCUAGAUCCUUACCCCUUCUUCCCUUUCAACUCAUUUUGUCCACCACUCAGCCCAUUCUCAAUGUUCAUCAAAUCGCAUUAUCACAACAUAAUGUCUCGUCGCUCAAAACGCCGAUACAUCAGACUUGAAGUCAUAAGCGGAAAUAAUAUUCAAGUCCCUUCCGAGCGCAUUCCCGCUGGCAUUUACAUAUCUGUCAAAGUCGACUCGAGGAGGCGCUGGAAAUCGGUCACCAGUGCCUUAUCAUCUGAUCAAUCUGUAACGUGGGGGAAUACUGUAACUCUAUCGUCGCAUACCUCACCUUCGUUGUCAGUGGAGAUCAGGGCGUCCUUUGAGCUUGGUCGAAUCCUAGGCGGUGGAGAGGUCAUAGGGAAACUCAAAAGGUCGUGGGAUGAGCUCCUCGAUCAUGGAGAUGAACCAUUCGAUAUACCCUUCCCACGCGUGCGUGGUGUCCGCCCUUCCCUCACGCUAAAGGCUGCUGUUGUACAUGCUUGCGAUGAUCAGGACGACGCACUGUUUGAUUCCCUCAUAGACUGCGAGAUUGCUCGACACACAGAUGCGGGCCACGCACAAUUCGCCAAAUACGUGGCGAGCAAGACGGUGUCUCGGCUGAACAAUGCUGUACAGCAUUUUCAGUUGGUUCUGGACAAGUGUCCGGUCAGCCAUCCAGACCACGCAACCGCUCUCACCAACCUCGCGUGGGUCCGCCUUGAAGGCUACAUCCGAGAUGAUCUUCAAGACACGAGCAUACAGCUUCGUCGUGAAGCCAUGUCUCUGUGUUCCGAGGAACGUGAUAUUUACCUGAACAAUUUGGCUGCUUCCCUCGAGUUGCGCUUCGAACACCAAGGCAACCCUAAUGACCUCGACGAGGCCAUCUCUCUGCAUGAAGAAGCGCUGCGCCUGUGCCCUGUUGGGCAUACAUCUCGAGAUACCUCAUUAGGCAACCUAGGGGGCGUCCUCGUGGACCGUUUUGCGAAACGCGGCCACAUUGAAGACAUUAAUCUAGCUAUUAGCCUCAUUCGUGAGGUGCUGACGUUGCGCCCACCUGGGCACCCAACUCGUGACACCACGCUUAACAACCUUGCCACCGCGUUCAUAACCAGAUAUGACAAAUUGCAUGUUAGCGAGGAUCUUAACGAGGCCAUUGACCUGUAUCGCGAAUGCCAUCGGUCAAGGCCGCUUGACCAUCCAGAGCGCCAUAUAAAUCUUUUCAAUUUGAGCUCGGCGCUCUGCUCUCGUUUCACGAAAUCUCAGAAGAAUGAAGAUGUCGAGGAGGCCAUCACUCUUUGCCAAGAAUCGUUGGCGGCUCUGACUUCACUGCACCCAGACAGGUAUUUCAGCUACAUGCAGCUGCAGCAGGCCUAUUUGUCCCGUUAUGAGAUUCUCCACGACCCGGCUGAUUUGUUACUCGCUAUAGAGAACUUCAGACUCGCUUCAAGGCACCCUACUCAAGGAUAUCCACGACGCAUACUGGAGGCUAUUGACUGGGCUCGCCAAGCAGAAGCAUAUCAACAUGACUCUGCCCUCGAAGCAUACCAAAUGUGCUUUGAGCUGUUUGACAGCCACGUGAUGAUGCGAACGUCGAUCAUUUCACGGCGUGAGGCUACAACCGCAUUUCGUAGUGCACGAUCACUUCCUGUAGAUGCUGCUUCAUGUGCCAUACGCCGUAACGAUCUACGACAGGCAGUUGAACUUGUGGAGCAGGGCCGUGGUCAACAAUGGUCGCUGGCAUCUCGACUCAGGACUCCAGUUGAAGACCUCCAGUCAGCAAAUCCGACACUAGCCCACAAUUAUUUAGAGCUGAGCAAGCGCAUUUCCGAUGCCGCACAGAGUUCUGCAACCAUCACUGACAGAGCUACUGCUGAUCGGGCAGCAACAGAAUAUAGGAAAUUCGUAAAGGAAUGGGAAGCUGCUGUAGCUAAGAUACGUGAUCUUCCGGCGUUCUCGCGAUUUUUGCUUCCACCUUCGUACAAAGACCUCCAAGAGGCAGCACGCCAAGGUCCGGUCAUCAUCCUCAUUGCGAGUCAAUACUCCUGCAGCGCCAUCAUCGUCCCGACGUCAGGAGACCCCCAUCACGUCCCCUUUCCGUCUGUCAGUCUUGCAGAUCUGACAACACUCAAGGAUCGCUUCGCCAGGGCAAUAAGAGACGCAUCUAGGAUGGACCCAGCGGAGCCGAGGAAGGAUCUGAUAGCACUCUUGCGGACAGUAUGGGACGAGAUCAUGCUACCCAUCGUCAAUGUACUCGAGCAGGUCCUAAAAAUAGAGCGCCGCUCUCGAAUCUGGCUAUGUCCAACUGCAGCUUUCACGUCCAUCCCUCUCCAUGCAGCUCACCCCUUCAAGACAAAGGCAGAUCGUUCUAAGGAGCCAUGCCUGGAGGAUCUCUACAUCUGCUCUUACACGCCGACACUUUCAGCUCUUGUCAGAUCUAGACAGUUGAUGAAGAAGCGUGUGUCUCCCUCCUUCGUGGCGGUUGGACAAGGUCAACCAGGUGCAGGGAAGGGCAAGGCACUGCUGGCCGUUGACAGCGAGCUCGAGCUUGUCUGUAAGCUCGUUCCUGCGACAGCCAAUCGCACCACUGUUUCUGGCAACGCAGCCACACGAGCAGGUACACUUGAAGCUUUGCAACAAAACAACUGGGUGCACCUCGCUUGUCAUGGCAAGCAGGACCCCGAGCAGCCUUACCAUUCACAUUUCGUCAUGAGAGACGAGGAUCUGACGCUGCUUGAUAUCAUGGAGAGAGAGAUUCCGCACGCCGAGUUCGCGUUUUUAUCAGCCUGUCAUACUGCCGUUGGGGACGAGGAGACCCCCGACGAAGUGAUUCACCUUGCAGCUGGUCUCCAGUUUUCGGGGUUCAAGAGCGUGAUUGGCACGCUGUGGCAGGUCGACGACGCUGUCGCAAAACACGUCGUCAAAGCCUUCUACACAAGUAUGUUCGAACAUAUGAAGGACGGUGGUGAGAUGGACUGUACGAAGGCGGCCUGGGCACUGAACCGUGCUACGCACGCUGUGAAAACGAAAGUGCCGCUCGAGCAGAGAAUGGUUUUUGUUCAUAUUGGUGUGUAGCUCUACAUUGUAUUGCUUUCGUCUGGUACAUAUUCGCAUGUUGUUGAUUUGCGAUCCUCUUUCAUUAUGCUGUA